UUCAUAAACACCCGUUCGACUGCAAAGAAUUCCCUUAGAUUGAGAGUUACAAUUGAUAUUACUUUGCACGAGCAAAAGAAUAUUGUCAAAAUUGGACAUCGGUCCUUAUUAUUUUUUUUGUAGCAUCCAUGAAAUCUAAAUCAAUUGUUUAUUCAAUAGUCUUAGCUUUUAAAUAAUUUUACAGAUGUUUACCAACAUUUUUUCAAGACACGGCAGAAAAUUUAAGAUUAACGAAAAUGAUGAGCCCCUGUAAAAAUGCAGAAUCUCCGAGCAAAGAUUCAGCCGCCGUACUGAAAAGGCGUAUGGACUGCAAUGCAAUGGACAUCUCGCCGAGCAAGAGGUCAGAACACAUGAAGGAGAAUCACCAGGAUAGCCGGAUGUCAGAACAGUUCAAAGAUGCUGCCAGCUGUGAGAACAUGGAUGAAAAGCAGUAUUUGCUUUUUAUAGAAAGGAUUAUUAAGAAUGGAGAUAAGCGCGUCGAUCGUACUCGGGUGGGUACACUGUCAAUUUUUGGCGCCCAAAUGCGGUUCGAUUUGCGUAAAUCGUUUCCGCUGCUGACCACGAAGCGUGUAUUCUUUCGGGGCGUGGCCGAGGAACUGCUGUGGUUCAUUGCCGGCAAGACCGAUGCCAAGAUAUUGCAGGCAAAGAAAGUCCACAUAUGGGAUGCUAACAGCACGCGCGAGUUUCUGGACAACUGCGGCCACACCGAUCGGGCUGUCGGGGAUCUGGGUCCGGUUUAUGGAUUCCAGUGGCGUCACUUUGGCGCCGAGUAUCGCACUUGCGAUGACGAUUACACCGGCCAGGGUGUUGACCAAUUACAGCAAGUGAUACAUACGAUACGAACCAAUCCCUCGGAUCGUCGCAUUAUCAUGUCCGCCUGGAAUCCGAUGGAUAUACCCAAAAUGGCGCUACCGCCGUGCCAUUGCCUGGUUCAGUUCUUUGUCUCGCAGUCCAAGGGCGAAUUGUCCUGCCAGCUAUAUCAACGCAGCGCUGACAUGGGUCUCGGUGUUCCCUUCAACAUUGCCUCCUAUGCUCUGCUCACUUAUUUAAUAGCCCAUGUGACGGGUCUGAAGCCCGGUGAAUUCAUCCACACCAUAGGCGAUGCUCACGUUUAUCUUAACCAUAUAGAACCGCUGCAGCAGCAGAUAAAACGUAGCCCCAAGCCUUUUCCCAAGCUCAACAUUAAGCGCCAGGUUACAAAUAUCGAGGACUUUUGCUACGAGGAUUUUGAAAUUGUUGGCUACAAUCCCGAUAAGGCGAUUCCAAUGGAGAUGGCCGUUUGAAACAGACCCAAUUACUGCUGGCAUUUUAACAAUUUUUUCACAUGUAUUAGAAAUAAAGUUUAGUGUAUAUAUUAAUUCUCAAUUA